UGUCAUUAAAACAAGAGACAAGGUGUCAAGUACUUAUCAACAAUUAUACUUUACAGACAUUUUUUUUUAAGACAAGAAGAUCAAAAGCUGUAAGGCUACUAAGCAAAUAUAACAUGCUGUUUCAUUGGGGGCUGGGUAAACCCAUGUACAGCAGGUAGAAGCAGAUGGUUCAAAUAAGGACAAAAAUAACCAUCUACAUCAUUUUCUCUGUUGGAUGGUUGAAAUUUUAUUAGAAGCUAGAAUGAUUGGACAUAAUUUUGAGUUUUACUGAACCAUACACUGACUUUACACACUAUAAGUAUAACAGCACAGAUUAAGAGCAAGGAAUACAAUUGUGUAAUGGCCUGGGUUUUUUUAAUGUGCCACAGAUGUUUGCAGACUGCCAAAAAGGCUUCAUAUGGGAUACUCACUCACACAAUCUUGAUUGCGUGUACUGCGUGAAGACAAUUGCUUUUUGUUUAUUGAUGCCAUUGACAACUAAUGUAUUUUUCACCCUCAUAGAUAACAGAAUGUUGUUAUCUAUGAGGGUUGAAUGACACACUGAUAUUUCACAUUAAUUGUUUUUUUUGUGUGUAAAUUAUUAAGAAUUAGGCUUGUGUAUUAUCAUCCUUAACAAGAGUUUCAAGCCACAAGGGUGCCAAGCCAUGCAUGAAUUUUUGACCCUGAACAUUUUGAAAUAACACCAUCUAGUGGUUGACAAAUAGAACUUUUUUUUUGCAGGGAUAACUAAUCGGACCUUUUCUUUCUUUUCCUUCCAGGAGAUCUUCAUGAAAAUGACAAAUCCAAACAUUCUUGUCUUGGUUGGAUGCCAGUAAACUCAAGACAAUGGAAGGAGAAAUCACACUAAACUCCACUGUUAAUACCAGUACAACGGACAUCCUUCUGGCCACCCACAGUCUCUGGGAGGUAAUCACCAUUGCAACUGUGUCAGCUAUAGUCAGCCUCAUCACCAUUGUGGGGAAUGUUCUGGUAAUGCUCUCCUUCAAAGUCAACAGCCAAUUGAAGACAGUGAACAAUUACUACUUGCUGAGUCUGGCAGCUGCGGACCUCAUCAUUGGUGUUUUCUCCAUGAAUCUGUAUACCUCUUAUAUACUGAUGGGCUACUGGGCUUUAGGAAACCUUGCUUGUGAUCUUUGGUUGGCAGUGGAUUAUGUAGCUAGUAAUGCCUCAGUCAUGAAUUUGUUGGUGAUCAGUUUUGAUAGAUAUUUCUCCAUCACCAGGCCUCUGACUUACAGGGCCAAACGGACUCCCAAACGAGCUGGGAUCAUGAUAGGUAUGGCAUGGCUUGUAUCUCUUAUUCUGUGGGCACCACCUAUCCUCUGCUGGCAAUACUUUGUUGGAAAAAGAACAGUCCCUGAGAGACACUGCCAGAUCCAGUUUUUCUCUGAGCCUGUGAUCACCUUUGGGACAGCGAUCGCAGCCUUUUAUAUCCCUGUGUCAGUCAUGACAAUCCUAUACUGUCGAAUUUACAAGGAGACAGAGAAGAGGACCAAAGAUCUGGCGGAGCUUCAGGGGAUUCAUUAUCCCACAGACUCAGGGGUCAUUCAACCUCAGAAGACCAUUAUUAGAUCCUGUUUUAGCUGCAAACUAAGGUCAACUUCACAUGACAGGAAACAACCCUCUUGGUCAUCCUCAAGCAGGAGCAAUGCUGCCAAAUCAGCAGCCACCACCAAUGAUGAAUGGUCCAAAGCUGGUCAGUUGACCACCUUCAACAGUUAUGCCUCCUCAGAAGAUGAGGACAGGCCCGUGUCUCCGGAGGCCUUUCAGCCCUCCUUCAGGAAUCAGGCAUGUGAGACCAGCAAGGGUGGAGUUGGAAGUGAGAGUGAGCAGCUCAGCAGCUAUGAAGAUGACAGCUUCUUUCAGGCACCACCCAAAAGUAACUCUCAGAAGAGCAAGUGUGUCUCCUACAAAUUCAAGCCUGUGGCUAAAGAUGCUCAUGUGGAGCACCAGAGCAAAAAUGGAGACACCAAAAUGGCAUCUUCAACGUUCUCCUCGGCUGAGUCCAUGAGUGUCCCAUCCACAUCCUCGACGUCUAAGCCCAUAGAUGUCACACUAAAGAACCAGAUCACCAAGAGGAAGAGGAUGGUGCUGAUCAAGGAGAGAAAGGCAGCUCAGACUCUCAGUGCUAUCUUGUUUGCCUUCAUCCUUACAUGGACGCCUUAUAACAUCAUGGUGCUUAUUUCCACGUUCUGCUCUGACUGCAUUCCCCUUUCACUCUGGCACCUAGGCUACUGGCUGUGCUACGUCAACAGCACUGUCAAUCCCAUGUGCUACGCCCUUUGUAACAAGACUUUUCAAAAGACCUUCCGCAUGCUCUUGCUCUGCCAAUGGAAGAAGAAAAGAAUUGAGGAGAAACUAUAUUGGUAUGGACAAAACCCAAUUGUCAACUCCAAACUUACAUGAACCUUCUUC